GCGGGUGGCCAAAAUUUCGCGCCAAACUGGCGGGUAAUCCCCGUGUCAGUGUGAUGUGCUAGCUCGGAAGUGUUUUCUGCAGCUAUCAUGGUUCGUCCGCUAAACUGCAUCGUCGCUGUGUCCCAGAACAUGGGCAUCGGCAAGAACGGGGACCUGCCCUGGCCCCCGCUCAGGAAUGAAUACAGGUAUUUCCAAAGAAUGACCACAACCUCUUCAGUAGAAGGUAAACAGAAUUUGGUGAUUAUGGGUAGGAAAACCUGGUUCUCCAUUCCAGAGAAGAAUCGACCUUUAAAGGACAGAAUUAAUAUAGUUCUCAGUAGAGAACUCAAGGAACCUCCACAGGGAGCUCAUUUUCUUGCCAAAAGUCUGGAUGGUGCCUUAAAACUUAUUGAACAACCAGAAUUAACAAAUACAGUGGACAUGGUCUGGAUAGUGGGAGGCAGUUCUGUUUAUAAGGAAGCCAUGAACAAGCCAGGCCAUCUUAGGCUAUUUGUGACAAGGAUCAUGCAGGAAUUUGAAAGUGACACAUUUUUUCCAGAAAUUGAUUUGGAAAAAUAUAAACUUAUCCCAGAAUAUCCAGGUGUUCCUUCUGAUGUCCAGGAGGAGAAAAGCAUUAAGUACAAAUUUGAAGUAUAUGAAAAGAACAAUUAAUGUGAAAGUGUUUUCUGAUCUAUUUCAAGCCUCCUCCUCCCCCCCCAAAAAUUAUGUAUUUUUUGUUGUAGAGACUUUUGUUGACUUUAGAUCUAUGGAUAAUUAUUUCUAAGCAAAGCACUUUUAU